AUGCUGAGCAAAGCCAUACGAUGGCUGGGGUUUUUCGCCAUCCUGGCUGCUACAGGGGCCAACUGGGAAGCAGACCCCCUGUGCCCUGCCAGGUACAAAAUCAACUGCCUACUUCACCAGCGACUGGGUUGUGGGCCAGAUGGGGCGCCAAGUUGUGGCUCCUGCUUCCCUGGUUAUGAAGAGGAUUCCAGUGGCAACUGUGUGCCAAAAAAGGGCCCUAAGCAUGAAAGCAAACCGAAAACUCAGAAGAGACCUAAAGAUUUGCCUGGUCUUCUGCGUUACCUUCUGGCGAAGCAUGAAAAGGCACUGCAGCUGUCCACGAUGGAGACUACUCUAUCUGGCAUUACUGAGGUAUUUGAACCACCCAGCUCUCCAACUAGCUUCCCCACUUCUCUUCCCACAAGUGUCUCCUAUUCCAAAAAUACUUCUCCAGUUCCUUCUGAGUCGUAUGAAAUCACUCCGGUUUCGGUCACCACACCACCAAGGAGAGUGAGAGUGGACUUCAAGCAGAGGUCCCGUCCUCCAGCUACUAGCAUGAAUAAAGCCGUGACUCUUACUCUUGUGGUCAUGUGCACGGUGACAGGGGUCUCUGGAUUGGUGGUUGCAGCCAUUUGCUGGUACAGGCUUCAGAAAGAGGUACGCUUGGCUCAAAAGAUGGCUUACACAGCUACUCGAGGAAACCAGUACCGAUACCAUCAACCCAGUGCAUAUAUGGAUUCCAGGCUAGCACAGUCUUGUCAAGUUCACCACUACCAACAUCAGAAGAAACUUCUUACUGGUGAGGAGAGAGACUCUCCCAAAGCAGUGGAGCAGUUCCCUACAGAAUCAGAGACUGAAAAUGGCGACUACACUGUAUAUGAAUGUCCUGGACUGGCCCCAAGUGGAGAAAUGGAGAUCCACAACCCUCUGUUCGACACCUCUACCCUACAGCGAUGUCCCCCCUAA